AUGAAACAACCUCUACAAGAUGGUUUUACUCUUCAAGAAUUAGUGCGCGAAACUUUAUCGCGCAUUAAUUCAAAAUAUCUUACUCAUAAUUUAGGACGUUCAAAAGAUGGUAUGAGACUACUGGAAAGAGUUUGGCAAAUGGAAUUUUAUAGAGCAAUCUAUAGCUGUUUACCUGAUGAAAUGCAUGUUUCUCCGGAUGUUGGAAGAAUAUUUGCUACAGAUGGUGUGGUUGAUUUUUAUAUUUCAGAACCUCAAUGGGCCAUUGAGCUUUUGAUUGAUGGAGGCAAAUAUUCUUCAAUACCAAUAAAAUCAUAUAUAAUUCUUGAUAUUCGUGAAACUAAAACAGUUGUGAAGGCAUAUCCGAAUACUUGGCAUAUAACACCCAAUGCCGAUUUUACUACAUUUAACAUACAAGAUGGUUCAAAUUCUUUUGACAUAACGACUCGCGAUGGAUAUCCUUAUAGUUCAAGUCUUCGAAUCUCAGCACAAGAAGAUGAAGCUAAGAAAUUUGAAAUGAGUAAUUUAAAAAGAAGACGUAACAAUAAUGGUGACAUAAAAGAGGAAAGGCAAAAACGGAAAAAGAUACAUGAUGUAGUGGAAGACCUAGAAAAGCUAGUGAAUUCUUUAACCAAACGUGAAAAAUACUUGAGAGAAAGAUGUGCAUUUAAAGAAGCAGAUGAAGUUCGGCAAAAAUUAGAUAGAGCAUCAAAUGAUUUAGCAAAAAUAUUAUACAAUGUGAUGGGGAAUUUACAUUGGAACCAUGACAGAGAUUCUUCCUCACAGAUUUCUGGGGGUUCAAUCAAACAAAAAAUUAGAGACUGUGAUUCUUCUGAAUCAAGAAAAU